UUAAUUCAAAAGGGCUUCCAAAAAUUUUGUUACCAGGAACGAAAUGAAACUUUUUAUUGUAAUAUUUUUUUGUUUAGUAUAUCAACUGAAAUACUUGUGCAACAGUGUUGAGGCUAGCUUCCCAUCCGUUCUAAUUAAUGGUGUCGAGCAUGAAACUUUCCCAAUCUCGAGAGGAGACGAGACACGCAUCUUGAGAGAAGAUGCGAGAAUUCCCAAAACCCGACGUAAUAAGGAACUACCUCCGGCUCAGUACACUUGGGGCGGUCUCUAUCCUCGAGACACCGCCACUCGCGAGGUGAAGUCUUUGGACGGAAUUUGGAACUUCAGGCUUAGUCCCAAAGAUGACCCUGACAAGGGCUUCAGGGAAGAAUGGUACAGUGCCCCACUCGCAAGCUCUGGUGACGUCAUUGCUAUGGCCGUGCCAAGCAGCUACAAUGACGUCACUCAGGACAAAGACUUAAGGGACCAUGUGGGAUGGGCUUGGUACGACACUUUCUUCAUGACGCCCAGACGCUGGCUGGAAGACGGCGAGCGUGUGCUGGUGCGGUUGGGUUCUGUUCACUACAGUUGUGUGGUGUACGUGAACGGCGUUGCUAUAACGGCCCACGAAGGAGGUCAUCUUCCAGUGCUUGCUGAUGUGACACUAGCAGUCAAGCCAGCUGACCAAGCGAAUCUCUUAACAGUGGCAGUCAAUAACGUCCUCACCAACGAGACCAUUCCGCAGGGCGAGAUACAAUACAAGACAGACGAGACUAUGUAUCCACCUGGAUAUUUCAUCCAAUACUACGAUUUCGACUUUUUCAACUAUGCUGGCAUCCAUCGUCCUGUGCUGCUGUACUCCACACCUCAGAGCUACAUCGAUGACAUCACUGUCGUCACGGACGCAACAGGAGUGCUGAACUUCACAAUCGAUUACGUAGCUGCUGCAGGAGUGACCGACCUCUCGUGCUCUGUCGACGUCUUCGACGCGAACAUGUCUUCGGUGGCACAUGCCGACGCGUGUCAGGGGACAAUUACGAUUUCCAACCCACAGCUGUGGUGGCCAUAUCUAAUGGAUCCAAAACCUGGAUACUUAUACACACUCAGGGCAAGCAUCAAGGCGGCCGACGGAUCCUUGGUGGACCAGUAUCCGAUCAGGGUAGGGCUUCGGGCACUGUCUUGGGGCGCCACGGGGAUUUCUCUCAACGGCAAGCCGCUUUACAUCCGUGGCUGCGGCAAGCAUGAGGAUUCCGACAUCCGAGGUAAAGGUUUCGACCCAGCACUUGUGGUGAAGGACUUUUCGCUGCUGAAGUGGUUGGGUGCUAAUGCUUUCCGUACUUCCCACUACCCCUACGCCGAGGAGAUCAUGGACCAAGCUGAUGCCGAGGGCAUCAUGGUCAUCGAUGAGAGCCCAGCGGUCAAUUUGAGGACAUUCGAUGAGACGUUAGCCUCGCGUCACUCGGAAGUGAUGCGGGAGCUGGUGAGGCGAGACAAAAACCGACCUGCCGUCAUCUCCUGGAGUCUCGCUAAUGAACCAAGAAGCUACCAGGCUGCGGCUACUUCUUAUUUCGCAGAAGUUUCUGCGGUCACCAAGUUAGCAGACCCAACCCGUCCAGUGACCAGUGCACUCAGCCAAGAUUUCAACUCAGACAACGCCGCGCCAUCCUUGGACGUAAUCUGGGUGAACAGAUACUACUCCUGGUACAGCGACACUGGUCACCUGGAACUGGUACAGCAGCAGGUAGUGACGGACCUCACGCGAUGGUACAACAAGUACAACAAACCAGUGGGCGUCUCCGAAUAUGGAGCUGAUGCCGUACCUGGCUUACAUAUGGAUCCCGCGUACACGUGGAGCGAGGAAUAUCAGAUGCAGCUUUUCCUGGGCAACUUCGCAGCGUUCGAUGAGUUGCGUGGCAGCAGCGUUGUCUUCAUGGGCGAAAUGUUUUGGAACUUCGCAGACUUCAUGACACAGCAAGGCACGGGCCGAGCUGGAGGCAACAAGAAAGGCGUGUUCACAAGAUCACGUCAGCCAAAACCCACGUCAUUCCUCGUCAGGGAUCGCUACCUCAACUUGGCUUCAGGGAAGCAAAGUCCGCAAGAGUCGUGUCGCUGGUUCAAGUCAACGCCUUGACUGUUCAGGGUGGCUGGUCCCAUAAGCCGAUGGUCGGACUCUAGGCAGUCGAACAAAUUUAUUUCAUCACUUGAUCUAACUAACACUUUUGUUGGGAAUAAAAAUUUGUGCCAUUGAA